AUGCGUAUGGCAUUGAUGUGGGGCCUUGAGCCUGCUUUCAACAUUGGAGCAGAGGCAACAAGCACUGAGGAGGUAUGUCUUCAGGUUGAGUCUGGAAGUGGCAAUGAAAACUUUUGGUUGUGGCUUGCGUGGUUUGGACUUUUCAUACUUUGGAUUGGUCUUGCAACAGUUGGAUAUUUUGCAUGGCGCAGAGUGUCCACAGACCUAUACCAUUGUUGGAAUCAAGUUGGUGAUGAAGAUGGAUACAUCGCCAAGCAGGAGAAGCGCAUCGAUGACUUAAUUGUGAAGUUGGAGCGCAUGCAGAUUCAAAUGGAACAAGACUAUGCAAUGCUUUCUGACCGAGUGGAAUCAACGAGCAACGAGGUUUCCAUGACGCACGAUUAUGCAUCAGGUUUGCACUAUAGCCUGGUGGAACAUGGUGGAUUUCUGAGAAAUGGGUGUAAUGCAGAUGAAACAGAUGUUGGUGCUCCAGAAGGAGAUGAAAGUGAAGCCAUGGACGAUGACGUGCCAAUGGAAGUCUCAACUGGAACAGACUCAGUGACAGACAUAGUGGAAUUUUUCAAGACCGAGCACUUGAAAUGUUUGCAGAGUGGUGACCUCUGGGAUGCCAAUGAAAUUCAACACACAAUUCUUGGUUUCUUAGAGGAGGUCAGAACAGAGAACACGAGUUCAAUGCUUGAACGCUGCAAGCAGAAGGUGGUCGAGAUGUUUGAAGAAAUGUACAAAAAGGCGACAGAGCAAAACCGAUGGGAAAGUGCAGAUCAUUACCAAAUGGUAGCUGACAUGUACCGAGAUGGAUGA